UUAACGUGUGUGCGAAAGUUGCCGGCAUUUUCAAGGGUGUUAAGAUAGGUUAUGUGUAGCCGGUACAUUUUAAUUUUCAUUUCUCGUUAGUCAUAAACGAAAGCGAAAUGUGAAGUCUUGAUCAUCAGUGCACGAGUUGAUGGAGUAUUUACAGUGGGCAUAUAGAUGGCUGUGAAUGAUCGUCUAAAGGAAGAAGUGCAGAAAGAGUAACUUUGAGGUUGAAUCGUCUACGAUCAUGUUGAACGGAGAAAAAGCAGGAUGCAAGGAGUUGCUGGCAAAGAGGAUCCUUGCGGCUAUCAUCUCGAGCAUAAUCCUGCAAUUUUUCUUCACGACCUGCGUAAUUCUGAUAACGAACCUCAGUAUCGUGCACCCACUUUCUUGGUUAAGAGAUACCUGGGGGAUCAUCACACGCUUCGAAACAUGGAGUUACUAUUUGGCUCUCGCAGUGAUAAUAUUUCUCCAAGGAGCAAUAUGUAGCAGGAAUUACCUUAACGCCCCUCCAUGCCUGAACAGUAGAUUUGCAAUUCUAUGUAACAUUUUUAUGCCUCGCAAUCUCGUUAUGGGGUCGUUGUACAUGGUCAUCGGCUCUACUCUAGUUUGGCUACAUUUGUCCUUGGAAGACGGAAGGUACGGGGCUCUAACUAGAAGCUGUGACAUAAAAGAAGGCUCGUGUCUAGUCGAGGAGCACUACUUUCUUUUACUGGGAGGAAUGUGGGCUGGGAUAUACUUCUUCUUAAAGACGAACAGCUUCAGCUUCCACUAUUUACAAUUUCCAAUAAUCCCACAGUCGAAAUUUUCUCAAGUCAAAAGAGGGAUCGAAGUGGCCCUUCCAAUGGUGAUGUUGAGUGCAGUUUGGCCAACGUUAUAUUAUCUUGGAAUAUAUUUCAUAUUUGGAGCAUACCUUCGCAAUGCUGCUUUAACUACAUUGUUCCUGCACUUGGAAAACGAGCCCCUCUCAAGGAUCACAGGCUUGUUGAGCCUAUCAUUGAUAUUUCACAUGUGGCUCUAUAUGUCACUAUUUGCAUUAAGUAUGAACGUCAUGCAUAUAAUAUUCCAAGCCUAUUUAACGCAGUGGAUUCCCUUCGAAGUGGCUCGCACUGCUGUUUUCAGCAAUGAAACUUUGAACGUGACUCUUCCGGAGGCAUUAUCUAUGGAUAAGAUCCCAAUAAUUCAGCAUCUGGGCUACCUUGAUCUAGUUACGUUGUCUCAAAAGGAGAAACACAGACGAGCGAUGCUGUUUACUUUGAGCCAACCUGGAGGUCAUCCGUACAACUGGAAUUGCAUAGUUGACAAGUGUACAGAGAUGAUAAAAUCUUUUACAAAGGAACUUGACGCAGCAUGCUUGGGCAGACAGGAUCAUGUCCAGGUGCUUGCGCCAUCUACUUUAUCAAAGUUGCAACCAAUGGAGAGAUCUCAUGCUUACCACAUGCGGAAUCUGGUAUCUCCGAAGAUUGUUUCUCCUAUCCCAGUGGAAAGAACAGUCUGUAAACAAAGUGAACAAUUUAUCCUGCAAUAUUUCCAGAACUUGAAACAACGUUUGGUGAAUUAUUUACUUUCUAAGCCACUUAUUUUCUACAUAUUUGGAGAGCAAACUGACAGCAAAGUAAAGCAUGUCUUAGUCAAAGCACAGCAAAUCAUCUGGGCAUCCGAUGCUCUCUCUUCCAUUGCAGUGGUAUCCCUCAUGGAAGAUCCUUAUGGGAUUGUGCAGAAAGACUUGCCAGCAUUAAUUUCUGUACUCUUGGCAUUGAAACACUCGCUUGAUAAAUUACAGAAAAUCAAUAUGCAGCUGGUGCGAAAACCUCAAACCGAUGACCGACUGAUACGUCAAGUCAUAACCUCCUUACGCAGUGCAGUGAAACGCAGUGUAUAUAGAAUCACUUCAUCCUUCAAGGAUUACAUUCUGGACCUAGGACUUGAACCUGCAACCCUUGAACAGUUACAAGGAUUCCUCUCCUAUAGGGAAUAAUUAUUGUUUUCUUAUUGCCAUAUGCAGUACA